AAUAAUACCAUGAUGUGGCAAAAAAACAUUUAAAGCCUCACACCUUAACUUUCUUCGAGUUUACUUCAUUUUUCUACUGAUAAUAAUAGAUUUAACCGUUUAAUUUUAAAACUAGUUUGAACUUUAGGUUAGUUACGUCACUAUCAUUCAGCGGCACUUUAAUCACUAACAAACAUUUUUGAGCUUUCGUGCCAGACCGCUAGGUGCUGCUAGUGGUUAUUGAUUCCUCACCUGUCAAUGAAAGGAAUUUUGAAUGAUUUUAAUUCUGAGUGAAAAAACAUGUAUAUAAGAAAGAAAUUUUAAAAGAUAGACGAAAAUGGUGGAAGGAAUGGGGAAAGCCAUCAAAUAUGCAUUGUUCGCGGCAAAUUUCGUCAUUUUGAUUGGAGGAAUUGUUGUUUUUUCCAUUGGAGUAUGGACCUUAGCAGACAAAGCGUUUAUGGAACGUCUUUUAGGUAGUGACUUGUAUACAAGUUCUGCCAGCAUUUUAAUUGCCACUGGUGUUAUUGUUACUGUCAUAUCAUUUUUGGGAUGCAUGGGAGCUAUGAAGGAAAUCAAAUGCAUGCUUUUGACUUUCUUCAUCAUUCUCUUUAUGAUCUUCAUAACAAUGCUCGUUGGAGGAAUUCUUGCCUAUGUCUUCAGAAAUGAGGUAGAGAAUAGAAUGCGUACAGAGAUGAUCAUGACCAUUCCAUUGUACGACAAUGAUACAGCAGUAACUGAUGCUUGGAAUGCCGUUCAGUCUCAGUUUAAAUGCUGUGGUAUUGAUGAGGAUGGAGAAGAGGGAUACAGCGUUUGGGCCAAAAAAAAUAGUAAGUUUUCUGGUGAAAAGAAAGUACCUGCAAGUUGCUGCAAGUCUAAAGAUAAAACAGAAAUUAAUAAAUGUCAAGAUUCUCCAAAUGAAAAUGACGCUUAUUUAGAAAGUUGUUAUGGUGCUGUUAGAGAUUUUGUCAGAGACCAUGCAUUAGUGGUAGGUGGAAUUGGCAUUGGAAUUGCAUGUAUCUUGAUUGUUGGCAUGAUUCUCUCCUGUACCCUGUUCAUGCUAAUUAAUUAGAGAUACGAGUGAAACUUUCAGUUUGAUUUCUAAAGUUUAUUGGACAUAAAGUGGUUUGUGCUUUCUAUUUGAAUUUUGUGAUAAAUUAAUAAAUCUUAGAUUAUUUGUUAUAACCUUUUAAUUCUCUGCAUUUCUUAUUGAACUGUAAAAGAAUGAAACUACAGAUAUCAUAUAUGCAUCUUAUAUAAUUUAUAUGUAAAAAUUAAAUUAGAAAAAGAUUAAGAUAUAAAUAGUGAUCAAAUUAUAUUUGUUAGAAAUUUGUUGCAGAAAUAUUCCGUCCAAGCCUCAACUGAAAAAUUGUCUUUCAUUUACAGCAUGUCUAUUUUUGUUUUUUAAUAUAAAAUUUUUAUAAAUUUUUAUAUUGUAUGCUAACUUAUAAUUAUGUUUUUUUAACAUUCCAGUUAAAAAUCCUGAAUUUAUUGUGGAUAUUUGUCAUAUACAGUGGAACCUCAGUAUACGACCUUAAUCUGUUCCUGUUGUUUGGACUUAUACUGAAUAGGACAUAUACCAAACCAACCUUUCCCAUAAGAAGUAAUGUAAAAAUGAUUAAUCCGUU